AUGGAUGCUAUCCCACCUGGCACAGACCUUUCCAGGGUCCCCUUGAUGCCAAAUCCCAAUGGCGAUCCGCCAAAUUUCGUCAACCCACCUUCCUUGUACUCCGCUGGUCUGGGCGUUGGAGUUACGUUGAUGAUCAUGAGUGGCAUUAUGCUCGUGUUUCGAUUGGCUAUGAACAUCAAGCUUUCAAAGAAGCUCUGCCUGGAUGACUACCUAUGCAUUGUUGCUCAGCUCGGAGGUAUGGCCUACUGGGUUUUGUACCACGAAUUGUCUCUAAGAGGAUCAUCGACACAUGCUUGGGAUGUUCCACUCAGUGUGUUGACGGUGUCUUACAUACAGAUCCAAGCGUCCAUACAGAUUAUUGCAGCUCCUACUCUAUGGGCAGCUAAAUCCGCCAUUCUUGCUCUCUACAUCCGCUUAUUCUCAGUUGUGAGAUGGCUAAGAAUCACCUCGUACGCCUGCAUCUUCCUUAUGGCACUCUUCUACGGAUCCAAUAUCAUUAUCGCUGUAGUGUACUGCAUUCCCAGAAAGGGCGAAGCUUGGGACGGCACGUCAUUCCAGCGAUGCUCGAGUUCAGCAUGGUCUGCGGUUAUGAUCGGUGUUUUCUCUCUCGCAGCUGAUUUGUUCAUCUUCAUCGUCCCCUUUCCGGUCAUCCUGAAGCUACAGCUGGGUCCCGCAAAGAAGAUCGGUCUUGUGUUCCUGUUUUUAACUGGGCUUGUCCUCGUUGUCUUGAGUGCAGCGUGCUUGGCCUUCCGAGUCAAGGUGUUUGACGGGAAAGAUCCAACAUGGAACGGAGGAAAGAUCGUCAUCAUCACUUUUGCCGAGAUCUUUGGCACAAUCAUGGUCAGCUGUGUGCCCGCCAUGUCUGCUUUCUGGACAAAUGUGCUCAUGAAGAGCCCCUUUUGGUCUUCUAUCCGAUCGAGCAUGAGCUUCUCAUCCUGGAAAUCUGCACCAAGCGAGAAGUCAAUCUCUCGGCCGAGCUUCGAUACUUCCUGGGAACCAGGGUCGCAACCAAGAAAAGCAUCAUAUCAGACCUCGGUGGAUAGCAGACCUUCAAGAUCUGAAGGGCGUGAAAGUAAUUUUCAUCCGGACCCGACGACAUUCAGUCCUUUACAGUCCACAGUUUGA